ACUGCCACUGAGGGAGUUUUUCCUGACCACUCCGACCGUAACCCCCUUUCUCUCACAGGAAGCAGGUGACCUGACAGUUUGUACAGCUGCACACUGAGAGCAGACCCAUACAGUGGAGGUGUGUGGCAGCUCUGGACCAUGCUCUCCUGGUGGUUGCUUGUGCUCCCCUGCCUGAGCCUCGUGCCUCCGGCUCGGGCCGAGAAGGGCCUGGACUUCCCCCAGUACGACGGGAAAGACCGCGUUCUUGACAUCAAUGACAAGAACUACAAGAAAGCCCUGAAGAAGCACAGCAUGCUGUGUCUGUACUACCACGAGCCCAUCCCUGACAGCAAGGAGCUGCAGAAGCAACACCAGAUGACCGAGCUGGUGCUGGAGCUUGCAGCUCAGGUCAUGGAAGAGAAAGACAUUGGGUUCGGAAUGGUCGACUCCAAAAAAGACGCAAAAGUGGCAAAGAAACUGGGCUUGGAGGAGGAGGGCAGUGUGUACGUUUUCAAGGCCGACCGGGUGGUGGAGUUCGACGGUCUGCUCUCGGCCAACACCCUGGUGGAGUUCCUGCUGGACCUGCUGGAGGAGCCUGUCGAGGUGAUAGAGAACGCUCUGGAGCUGAAAGCCUUCGACCGGAUGGAGGAAGACAUCCGGCUCAUCGGCUACUUCAAGAGUGAAGACUCUGAGCACUAUGAAGCUUUUAAAGAAGCGGCGGAGCAGUUCCAGCCUUACAUUAAGUUCUUUGCCACGUUUGAGAAACCUGUGGCCAAGGAGCUGACGCUGAAGCUGAACGAAGUCGACUUCUAUGAGCCCUUCAUGGAGGAGCCGGUCACCAUUCCAGGCAGGCCUCUGUCUGAGGAGGAGCUGGUGGAGUUCAUCACCGAGCACAGACGACCGACGCUGAGAAAACUGCGUGCUGAAGACAUGUUUGAAACCUGGGAGGAUGAUAUAGAAGGCAUCCAUAUUGUGGCCUUUGCAGAGGAGGAGGAUCCGGAUGGUUUUGAGUUCCUUGAAAUCCUGAAGGAGGUGGCCAGAGACAACACUCACCUUCCAGAGCUCAGCAUCGUCUGGAUCGAUCCUGAUGACUUCCCUCUGCUGAUCCCCUACUGGGAGAAGACCUUCAAGGUGGACCUGUUCAGACCGCAGAUCGGAGUCGUCAAUGUCACAGAUGCGGACAGCGUGUGGAUGGAAAUGGAGGACGAGGAGGACCUGCCCACGGCUCAGGAGCUGGAAGACUGGAUUGAAGCCGUGCUCUCUGGGAAAGUCAACACUGAGGAUGAUGAUGAUGACGAAGAGGAUGACGAUGAAGACGACGAUGACGACGAUGAUGACGAGGAUGAUGAUGAAGAUGAUGACGACAAUGAUGACGAUGAGGACGACGAUGACGAUGAUGAAGACGAUGAUGAUGAAGAUGACGACGAUGAAGAUGACGAUGAUGAAGAUGAUGAUGACGAUGAUGAUGAUGAAGAUGAUGAGUAGUUCAAAGUAGCCAAUGUUACCUCUUCUUCAGUCUUUAUUCUUAAGACUGACUUGAUUGUAACUUUCAGAAAUAUUGUUGUACAUUAGAAUAAUUUUUAUUUAAGAAAAAAGGAUGGUAAUAAAUGAACAAUAAUAAUAAUGAUAACAAUAAUAAUAAUUAUAAUAAUAAUAAUAAUAAUAAUAAUAAUAAUGGGUUUUGAAAUAUAAAAAGGCUUAAAGGGGCU